AAUUUUGCCUUCGUACCAGGUAACUCUAUAUUGACUUGUGAAUAGCUUUUAUGCCUGUUCCCGACCCCUAUUCUUCAGCUCUAACAGUUGCUCAACUUCUGUUGUGUGUAUGUUGGAAGACAUUUUCUUAAUGUUAGCCUAAUAGUUUCCGCUAAUGCUAAUCAUAUCAGAUAUUAGAUUAGAUUAAUUACCAUAGCAGAUUACUUAUUCGACCACAUGUACAAACUACCUAAGCGAAUCAAACCACCAGGGCAGGCCAUGCUAGAGUGUUGUUUGGCUAGAACAGCAAGCUCAUCCUUUAAAAAAAAGUCAAAAAUAGAUAUAUUUAAUUGACAGUGUGUUCCCUCUUAAAUUGGCCUACCUAUCAAGCUUCUAACACUCUUUAAUUGUUCUUAACUCCAAAAAACUGUCUUAAAGCAUUAUUAUUGACUCUGCCAUAAAGAAAAUAGUUUCCAUGGUGAAAAGAGUACUACAUUUUCCCUUCAUUUUUAUAUAUAAAUAUGUAUAGAAUGUUGUGCCAGGGCCAACUAAUAAACUACUAUUUUGUACUGAACAUGUGGAUUGGUUGCCUUUUCUAACACACUAAGUAGUGUAAAAGUACACAUACUUUUUGUAAAAAGGUGAGCAUAACAGUGGAAAAGUACACCUCUUGUACUGUUGGUACUGAUGAGAUCAUAUCUUCUGUACUCAAAUACAUGUCCCAAAGAUCUCCACAAUGCUACUUUAUCUACAAAAGGACAGAAAGAAAUCGACAAAACACUGUUCACACCCUACUAGAUGACCUCAUUUUCCCUCUUUUUUAUCACCUUUACCUUGUAAAGUUGUAAGUAUAUCAUACUUAAAUCCCUCAGUACCAGAUUUAGUAGUUUACAACGGUCUCCCCUCCAGGAAAUUAAGGCUCACAAAGUAAUUCAAGGUGAGUUUGCUUUUCAAUGGCUUUUUCCUUGCUCCAAUAAUUGUUUCUUACUUCAAUAACUCCACUUCUGCUCCUUUCCCCUGUCUUUUGUACUGUUUUGUUUGGCACAUUUACAUUUUUAGACUCAUGUCUACCAAUUAUUAGCAUUUAUGGUUUUUCUUCUCUGAAUUUUUUCUCUGUUAACCUGUUAGACAAUGUAAUUGCUGCAUAGUCCACUCCCCUGAUGUUGCUUCCCCUUCUUUUCCCACACUGCAUUGCAACAACUAACUAAUUCCUUACAACCUAGAGAAAUGUGUUCUUCCUUUGUCAGUGCUGUGCACUCUUGCUAGGGGGGGAAAAGCGUUUAGCAUGUCUGCUUAGCAUAUCAUGUUCCUGAGUUUUUGGGAUGAGGAAACAACACUUAAAAGAGAAAACAAAAAAAAUAUCUCCUUUAAAGAUGUUUGUUAUCAGAAUUAUUAAAUUUCAAAACUACUUUCCUAAUACAGAUUCUACAAUGCCAAACUUACUCUAAAAACAUAUAAUUGGACACAAAAAUGUCCAGGCUAUUGCUUAAAAACCUACAAGUUCUACUGCCAACAUGGUCCACUUUCCUUCCACACUUUUUUUUGAAAUUACUAACUGACAAGGGGGAAAAAAAACUAUCUAAUUUGAACAACCUUGUUAUCUUUAUUAUUAUAAUGUGUAGCCAUUUACCUUAUUCAUUUUUUUGCAUGCCAAGGAGCCCCACAGGUAAGGUUGAAAGUUGUGUUCCUAAAUUGUUUGCAAGCUUCCACGUUUUACUAACAAACAAAACUACAAGUCUUGCACUCAAAAAAAAAAAAAAUUACCCUGUUAACUGUAUUGCUAACACACUUUGCCUUGGAUCUUUGUAACUCUUUCUUUUUUACCAUACUUUCCAGCUAACUCCUACAUUUGUUCUUCUCACACUUGUGCAUUCUCUUUUGUUUCCAGCAUGAAACCUGAAAAAACUUAUCUCGACAAACUGACUCCCACAACAAAGGCCUAUAAGGUCAAGGUGAAGCUCAAGGAAAAAUCGCGAACACUGAUUUCACCUCAGAAAAAGACUCGGUAUCAACAAUUACUCUUUGAAGAUGAGAAGGGCAACACAAUGCGUGGAGCACUGUUUGAGAACCAGAUCGAAGAAUAUGAAUCUGUCUUCAAAAGCAAUCAGGAGUACGAGAUUGCAAAUGCACCCCUGAAACCGGUGUUAGGCCGCUAUGCCACUCGGGAUGACGACUGCCAAAUGAGUUUUGGCGGUCAAGCCACAAUCCAGCCCUUAGACCCUGAAGCAAAGUCGUUUGAACCUGAGUACGUACCGAUAGCUGCUAUUCCGCGCACAACUGAUCUUGGCGAUCGAUUCGAUGUGCUAGGCAUAGUCUUGUUUGUUGAGGAAACACGGACAAUCACAACCGCAUCUGGUGUUGCACACCAAGUUCGGGAAGUUGUGAUAACUGACCCCAGCACUGACCAGCCCUUAACCAUAUCAGUAUGGGAUGAUCUCACAGGAACAGAAGCUAGCCUCCUGAAAUCAUGGGUUGGACCAGCCCUCAUUGUUGGCUUCACAUCCCUUAAACCAUCUGCUCACAAAGGAUUUUCACUGUCGACCACCAUGGCAACCGAGUUCCAUCGAAACCCAGUUGGAGAGAGAGCAAAUGCGCUCCGCAAAUGGUCUGAAGAACAGCGUCCACUGGUGCUUGAACGUAUGGCUCGCAUUUGUGAGGUUCGAAAUCCUGCUCAGCACGAUGAAAUCCUCACAAUAGAUGCGAUCAAACAAAAAGAGGUAGGCAAUACACUACAAGAAGAAAAGCAUUGGAUCAAAGUAACGAUUCCUGAACCGGAACGCUCUAGGAUUGUCCCAUAUGUUGGCUGUAACAAUUGUGGCAAGCGGACUGAAAAUGAUUGCGACGUCUCCUACACGUGCAAGUUCUGCAACAAAGAGAAAUGCAUAGCGACUCCUAGGAUCACUUUCAAAUUCGACGCCACUGAUGAUACAGGAGAAAUGACCUUCACAGCUUUUACACAAGAGUGUGAAGCACUAUUCAAGCUACCAGCGUCUGAGAUAUAUGCUCAGAUCACUACUGGAAUGUUCAAAUUCGAGCCCAUCGCGCAUCACCUGAGCACAACACCCUUCCUCUUACAAAUCGGCCCAGCAACCGCACUUGCACGGAAUAAGAUCCUGACCUGGGUUCCUAAGGCUAUUCGUUGGAACUAGCAGAACCAAUGAAACUAAUCUUUCUUUUUGAAUUAAGCGGGCUUCUGAUAGGAACAUGAACCUUUUGUGUUGUUAGCUCCAAACCAAGUUCUUUGUUCCUAUACGACACCCCUACUACUUGCCAUAUAUUGUUCACUUUGGUUUUAAAAAGGCAAGUCGUAAGUGUUUAGGUUGUUAGGCAAGUAGUUUUUUUGUUGGUGCCCUUUUUUGGCGGGUAAACACUCUUACUAAGCAUCCGCAUUAACCUAUUAAAUCUGUAAGCCUGCCUUAUGUUACCUUUUCAAUUUCAAGUGCUUAUCCUCAGUUGGAACUCCCCUCUAA